AUGUCGGACGAAGAGCGAGCGUACAUCCUCGAUGAGCGUCAAGAGCGUCCACGCACGUCGACGUCGACGUGGAACAAGCGUCUCUUCGCCGUCGGCACGACGACGCUUUUGCUCGGGGUGUUGGUGGGAAAAUCCCUACCUCGAAGCGAGGUCGCUCGUCCGGGGAUGGAACAAGACUACGAGGACGCGCGCUCGGCGUCAUCGAACGAGUUCACGCUGACAUCGGCGCAGCCCGAGGAGUCGGAGGGGUCGGUCGUCGAGCCGAGUCGAACUGCUGAAGAGAUCAAGGCGGCGAGCGCGAACACGGUUGAGCCAAAGGUCGAGCAUACGAAACACACUCGUCCCGUUCAUCGCAAUAACAUUCUGAUGGGAAUGCCGGACAUCAAGAUGUCGCCGUACGAAACGCCGGGCGGGAGGAAUAAUGCUUUCUGGGCUGGUGAGUGCAGAAAGUACGCAGAGGCUCACGGUUUCCCAGCGUGGGGCUACGUGAACGGUAAAUCGCAGGACGAUGACCUGCGGGAUACGUGCGUGUACUACCGUCACAUUAGACCGUUCCAGGGACAUCCUAAAGAUGACGUCCACGUCAUUGGUUGCACUAGCAUGGAAGCCUCCCCUUUAUCGGCCUGCAACUUACCACGGGAAUCUGUUGGUACCACAAAGGAAUCAAACGACGUUGCUUCGCUCUCACAGGCAGAAACCCCCAGUGGUCCAAACCUCGUCCGCGGUUUACCUCGACCUGAGGUGGUGUUUGAGACUCCGAUUGGUAGAGGGCAGUCAAAGAACUCGGCUGAGUGCCGAGACUAUGCUAAUACGGCGGGACAUAAGUACGUCGCAUUCGCGUACGUGAACGAGCUUUACGACAAGGACGCGUCUUUGAGAUCGACGUGCUUAUUUUAUAGAGAUUUUGAGGCUCACAAAGGGCUCUCGCAAGCAGCACCUCAAGUACCUGUCGUCGGUUGCAUUGACGCGGAGCUUUCGCCGUGGAAUGCAUGUGGGCAAGCCACCGCGGCUCACGCGGACGUUGUCGACGUGUCGACCGAGAGCAAAGUGCAACCCACGUACGAAGUCAAGUCGGAGGAGCCGGUAAAAUUAGAGGAGCCGGUAAAAUCGGAAGAGUCGGCGAAAUCGGAAGAGUCGGCGAAAUCGGAAGAGUCAGCAAAAUCGGAAGAGAAAGCGCAACAGGUGGAGGAAACAGUGUCGGAGGACUCGGUGAAACCCGCGGAGAAAGUCCAGCUGCCUGUGGAGCAACCUAAUCUUGCAAGCGAGCAUCCAAACAUCGUGCGUGGUCUCAUUGGUUUGGACCAAGUGAAGUACGAGACGCCACUUGGAGUCGGGAACGCGGAGAAUCCGAGUAAGUGCAGAGACUACGCGGCUGAUGCUGAUCAUCCAUACAAGGCGUGGGCUUGGCUGUCUGAGAACUCCACCGAUGAGGAGCUGCGCAAUACGUGCUUGUUCUACCACGAGAUUAUCGAGUUCGCUGGACGCUGGCAAGACAAACUUCACGUCACAGCCUGCACGGAUAGACACUAUUCGCCGCUCUACGCGUGCGAAAGAUGA